UAGUCUCUCCACCCUUAUCUUUGACUGUACUCUACUUUCCUCUCUCUAUAUAUCACACAUAGACAUACUUUUCUUUCAAUCUUCAAGAAACCUCCAAAAAUUUCUCAAAAUCUUUGAUAUUUCUUGUGUUUCUAAUUAUAACAAUCAACUUGGGUUUCAUUUCUCCAGUUUUCUUUCUCUGAACUUAAAGUUGUUGAAGCACUAAAACAAAAGUGAGGGACAGCAUGUUGUGUUGCAGUCUAUUUGUUGAUGUAUAUAGGAAAGUUAUCUCCUUGAACUUGUACUGUCAUGUAAUUCUGUAGAAUACCACCAAAAAAAAAAAUUUAUUCUUAAAAUCUUGAUUAGUUUUUCACAUUCGAAAAUCGUAUUUUUGUUAGUAAUCUUCCAUGGGAUCCACACAUUUCAUUGUCAUACCGUGCUACGUUCUUAGUAUUAGCUAAGAAUCUCGUCCUGUUCAGAGUUAGCGUCGUUCUUGGUAAAUUGGGGAUAUUAGCAUUCACUGUUGCCUUCUAGAUAGAGUUUAUUUGAGAGACUUGGUGGGAGUUGUUUGAAAUCACUGGUCUUUUUGAUUGUGGUGUUGUACUUGUUUUAAGUGUGGGAAGGGUUGGAACAAGUAGUUAUGGUGUGUCAAGCAGCUGGCCAGACAAGAUUUCGGGCAUUAAAACACGAAAAUGGAAUUGCGGGGUGUGCCACCAUAAUCGUUAGAGUUAUAGCGUGCUUUCAACCUCUUCAAGAUUGCCAGGCUGAAUAUUUCCGACAGUUGCUGAAACCUGUCACGUAGUUUUAUUAUCUUUCUUUGUUAUUGCAUCUUAGUUAAGCUGGAAUUUUUGGAUUUUCUGUUGUUUCUCAAGUCUUCAAGAAGUAAUCAGCAAUUUGUAUUACCUCAGUUGUUUAAAGCUGGUGAUUGUUGAGAUUGAAUGGAAAGAGACAUUUUAUCUUGGUUCCAUCACCAGUAUCCAGAUCUGCAAUCAGCCCAUUCGAACUUUUCUAGUCGCGGACUAAAUAUUGGGCAGCAUAAUUCUGUUCCUAUUUACAUGAGUCCAUACUCGAACGAGGUUCCAGUUAAAGGGGAUUAUUCUCCCUUCUUAUUUUCUGGGCCGCUAGAGUCAAAGGCAAUCCAACCAACUGAAGCUCACAAUUUGUUCCACUGUUUACCACAGUUUCAUCAGGGUUUUGCUCCAGUUUUGAGCACUAUAGUGAAAGAGAAGAUUGCUCCUCAAUCAGUUGACAAUGCAGGCCUGGGAUCCGCGCAGAAAAGAUUUCUUGUUUUUGAUCAAUCUGGUGAUCAAACAACUUGUACUCCUGUACAAUGCCUUCCCUCUUGGCUUCCGAACCCCUAUACACCUUGUAAUGUGAUUAAUAAAGGCCCACAGAUUAAAGGGAAUGGAAUUUGUUCAUCUGGGCAUUACCUUAGUGGUGAAUAUUCUGAAGAAAACCAUAGAGAUGAUGUGGAAAGUGAAUUGCACGAGGAUACUGAAGAACUGAAUGCUCUACUCUACUCCGAUGAUGAUGAUAGUUAUUCCGAGGAUGGUGAAGUAGUAAGCACAGGUCACUCGCCUAGUAAUAUGACAGUUCAUGAUUAUUCCGAAGAAGGUGAAGAAGUAGCUAGUUCGGAAUGGCCAAGCAAAAGGCGUAAACGAUUAGAUGGAAGCAUUGAUAUGCCAUCACUCGUGGAUACCGCUGCCUCUGCAAAACCCUUUACUUGUUCUGACUUAGAGGAUGAUGCAGAAUCCAGUUGUGGCAACAGUGAUCAAGUUUCGGAGUCUGUUUCUCUGUCUGGGAAAAAGAGGCCAAGAAAAGAUCAAAUUCUUGAGACGAUAAGCAUUUUGCAGAGAUUAAUCCCUGGAGGGAUAGGAAAAGACUCUAUGGAUGUUAUUGACGAAGCAAUCUGUUACUUGAGAUCACUGAAGAUGAAAGCUAAGUCCUUAGGACUUGAUACUGUUUGAGCUUCAAUAUGCUCCUGCUGAUAACAGUCUAGUACUAGUAGUGUUGGUGCUUGUGGAUUAAUAAGUUUUUGUGAAUAAAUAAACAGAAAGCUCAGAUGUGGUGUUGUAAAGAGGACUUCGCUGAAUGUCAUAAGCUAGAAAACCAUGUUGAAGACUUAAUUCCAUCAUUCUACUGAAGCAGUUGCCUGCGCUUUUGAGAUCUUUAGUCAUGUCUAUUCAUACCUUUACUUAUAAGGGGCCUGUUAUGGUCCUGAAGGGGGGAGGUUUAAUCUGAGUUCAUGUCUCGAUGCGAAAGAGAAGUUAUUCGUCUUUUCAGGAAAGCAUUUGCACACUUCUUAGCUGUAUCUGUUAACGAGCAGAUGACAUGCCUCAGUAGGUUCAUGUUGAAGUGGUAGUACUUGCUGGGAAUUUCGUGGCAGCAAUUGUAUCUUACUUUUAGCUGUGUAUUUAGGUAUUUGUUGCUUGCUUGGUUGAACAUGAAUCUGGAUCAACCAAUGUUGUAAAAGGAUGGAGGAUCUCGCGUGUAAAAGCUGUUAUUGAUGCAUAACUAGUUAAGAAUUGCUCCACCAUGUGAUCUUGGUGUGAAGUUUGUUAUCCAAAAUAUUGCUACUAGGUUUAUUGGAUGUAUGUAUUGUUUAUUUUAAAUGACCAGUGUAAACCGUCUUUGUUGUUGA